UCAUAAUUAUUCAUGUCAACUCCUAUUUUCAACCUUGAUAGAUAAAGACGUGUGCUUUUAAACUACAAUUUAUAAAGUCUGAAUGUUACUGAAAAAUGGCAGAUUCCGAGGUAUUAAAGAAAUUAAAGGAUGUACCAUUUAGAAUCCAAACCUCAAGUCUUAAACAGCGCCGAGAAAUUAUUGAAGAGAUACAGGACGUUCUGUCUACACCUGGUAUCACUGAAGCAGCAGUUCGGUUUGUGUGUCGAGUCUUGACUUUAACCUUGCAUCGCUACAGAGACUCUACCUCACAGUCUUAUGUAAAGGGGUUGUUAACCUACCUUGCUGUCAACCACAGGGAAUGGACCUUAAGGAAUUUUUUACCAGUUCUAUUAGACAUAUCUGAACAGCUUAGAAAUACGGCCACAUCGAAGAACACCAGCCAAAGUGGUCUUUAUGCUCUGCGCUGGACAACAGUUUUAGUGGAAAAUGGAAUUAAAGUGGAAAAUGGUGAAGUUGACUAUACCCCACUGGUACUCUGUCAAGCAAACUUAUUGGCUGCUGUGUCUGCAUUUGGUGAUAAACGUAAAAAUGACAAAGCUUACACCAUGUUACAUACAUCCUGGCAGUCAGUUGGAGUAGAGAAACUAGGAAAAUGGAUUGAAGUCCUUUUGUCUCAAGCUCCUGAUUCUGGACCACAUAUCUGUGUCACAUUUUCAGCUCUUUGUAAACACACAAAACAAAUAGAUAAACAAGAUCUAGUGCUGAAGCAUAAGGUGCAGAUUCUGGAAUCAUUCACAAAAAGUCUAGUUAGUGUAAAGCUACGACCGAACCCUAAUUAUAUUCGUAGCUGCUCUGACCUGUUGCAUAAUUUGCUAAAUUCAGAUAUUCAAGAUACACUCCUCCCAGCGCUACAUAAGGCUAUGUUGAGGAGCCCAGAGACCAUCAUCGCGGCAGUCGGAGUUGUGGUCUAUAAUCUUAAUAUACAUUUGGAUGCACUAGCAGUUGACAUAGGAAAAAGUUUAAUAGUAAAUACCCACUCACGCGACGACUGGACUCGUGCAGCUGCGAGUCAGGCGCUGUGCUCCGUGGCGCGUCGGUGCACGGCCUUAGCCCCGGCAAAGACUCUACUCGCCGCCGCCUUCGCUGAAUAUAACGGCGCCAGCGGGAAGCUUACUUCUAGCGAGGACAAGAUCGCGGUUCUCCAUGCCGUCGGCACGCUGAGUGAGGUGAGCGUGACAGGAGAGGACUUCGCAGCGUUGUUUGAGGAAGCCACGACGCAGAUCUCGCGAGUGAUGGAAGCUGAGUCGCACGAGCGCACGCUGUGUGUGUCCCUGGACGUGCUGCAUCGCUGGGCGCAACGUGCGCGUGCGCCGCUCUCCGACAAGAUACUGCAGAUGUAUAAGAAAAACCUACCAGCGAAGACCACCACGCAAGUGGUGAGGAUUGCGUACACGUCGUUGAUAUCGCGCAUCGUGGUUUCGCACGGCAUCCGGCCGACGCAAGCCGACGCCCUCAAGUCCAUCCUGCUCGCCGCCGUCGAGAAAGCGGCCCAACAACCUUUACAGCACCCGAUAGUGAGCGAGGGAGUGUGCGCCAUGGUCUCGCUGGUGCAGAUGGAUUCGGGGGGCGAGCUGGCAUCGCACACGCAAGCGUGGAGCGCGCUCUUCCACGCCGACAGACACGUGCUGCUGCACGACCGGCUUCUGCUCGCGGCCACCGACGACGUCCUAACGCAGGUGGUGUUGCUAUGCAGAUCCAUAUUGGAAAAGUACGAAAGCGUCGCCGCCGACGGGGACUCCCCGGUGUACAGAGCUUUUAUAUUGGUGUUGCUGUCCACCGUGAAGUCGGUCAGGGCCGUCGCCGUGCGCGAGGCGAAGGCGACGGUGGCCAGAGAGGAUAGAUCCCCAGUGGCGAGAAAUUUAGUGCUAAAAUUGAAUGCGGUGCUGGAAGAGGGCAAAAUAUUUAACGUGAAAGAGAAAACUCCUCCGGAAGAUAAGGGAGAGGUGACAGGAAAGAUGAUAUUGGAUUGUGUUCAAGCUCUCUGCUCUUUCAGAGGCUACCCGACCGAGGAUACGGAGAAGCUAGCGAUAGACGCCCUGCCCGGUUGUCACCAUCCGCUCGCGGUGGCCCUGAACGAUCGCGCCUGGGCCAAGCUCGUGGGCUACCUCGGUCUCGAGCCGCGAAAGCUCGUCGCUAUCCACUGCGACACCCUGAAGAAUGCCUACAUCGACGGAUACUCUCCUAACGAGACGGUGUCCAACGUGGUCUCGACGUUGGCCCGAUGCAGCGAGAGCGUGGGUGGGUCGGCCCUCGCCGCCGCUCUGAGCUCGCUGGCCGAGCCCGACCUGCUGCGGGUCACCCGCGACGAGUACUUCGUUUACCUCACGCCGUCCACCGACCUCUACGACAAGAGCGUCAUUCCGGGAAACGAAGAUAACAAAGAGAUGAACCUGAAACGCGAGAGCAAAGCGUACAGCUACAAAGAGCAACUGGAAGAGCUGCAACUUCGGCGCGAGCUGGAAGACAAGAGACGUCGAGAGGGCCGACUGAAAGAGGUCCCGCUCAGCGCCAAGCAGAAGGAGGCCGUCAAGGUGCAGAUGGCCAAGGAAGCGGCGAUCAGGGAUAGGCUCACGGCGUUGAACGGGCGCGUCGUGCGCGCAGUGCGACUGGUAGAAGCGGUGGGGCGGGGCUCGCGCGCGUGCGUGUGCUCCAAGGCGCGUCGCCUAGUGCCCGCGCUGCUGCACGCCUUGCGCUCGCCGCUGGCGGCGUCCGCGCUGGUGCAGGCCCACUGCCGCCUCGGCCCGGUACUGCUGCCGCGGCAUCCCGUGCUUGCCCGACACGUCGCCAGGACGACCAUUAGACUACACAAGCCCCAAUGCGACUUGGAGCCCAGUUGGGAGGAAGAGGAUCUGAGCGAGGCGGUGGCCCGAACUAUCGACCUGGUCAACCAGGCAACGGCCGGCGCCGAGAGCGACGUCGGCGCUUCACACAAACCUAAACAUUUCACGGCACCGGGGUUCUGUUACGUGUUUCCCUUGCUCCAGAGAGGUCUGACCUGCGGCGCGGCCCGCACCAACGAGUCGAUGGUGGUGAACGGGCUGGCGGUCAUCACCCAACACGCAGCUCUCCGCGGGGACUCGGACGACGAAGGCGAAGCCGUCCGCGACAUGCUCUACCCCAGUCUUUUCCCCGUCGACCACAUGUUCAGGCUGCUGAUCGACCUCAUCGGGUCGAGCAGCGGGCGCGUGGCGGCGGCGUGCACGGUGGCGCUGCUUGAGACGGCGCAGUGCGCGGCGCGGGCGCCGCUGUCCCAAGACGACGUCAACUGUCUGCUGGCCGCUCUGCAGAGUCCUGCCGAGGUGGUCCGCGAUGCCGGUUUGCGCGCGUUGGGCUGCGUGCUGCGUCGGCUGCCGCCCUUCCUCGAGCGGGAAGACAGCGCCUUAGACCUCACCAAGAGGCUCUACGUCGCCACCUUCGACGUCUCCGAAGACAACCAGAAACUAGGCCGCGAAUUGUGGUCGUCGUUGCCGCGUGCCGACACCUGGAUUACUGAUGGCGAAGAGGAGUUAAUGCGACUGCUGCUGGAGGAGAUCCAACACCCUUCGGAGCCCGUGCAGCGCGCGGGCGCUGCGGCGCUGGCGGAUCUCGUGGGUCGGGCGCGGCUGGCCACCUCUGAGCCCCAGCAGGUGCUACAGCGCCUGCAUCGGGUCUACGACGAGAUGCUACCCCUCAUCCCCGCGAAGGUGGACCAGUUCGGUCACGAGACGGAAGCGGCCGUGGACAACUGGGGCAGCCGCCGCGGAGUGGCUUUGGCUCUGAAGGCGCUGGCCCAUCGCCUACGCGCCGACGCCGUGCCCCACGCUAUGAGCUUCUUCGUGCAGAAGGCGCUCGGCGACCGGCACGCGACCGUGCGGGCGGACAUGCUGGCCGCCGCCAUGGCUGUCGUCGACAUCCACGGGAAGGACACCAUCGGCACACAGCUACCGGUCUUCGAGAAGUUCCUGGACAACGCGCCCAAGUCGGGCGGCUACGACGCCGUCCGCCAGAGCGUUGUGCUGCUGGUCGGAUCGCUGGCGAGACACUUGCAGCCGACCGACGCCAGGGUCAAGCCCAUCACCCUGAGGCUAGUGUCGGCCCUGUCCACCCCGAGCCAACAGGUACAAGAGGCUGUGAGCAACUGCCUGCCCCACCUCGUCACCUCGCCCGCCCUCGAAGGUGAAAUACCUGCCAUAAUGAAUAAGCUCAUGAAGCAGCUGCUGACCGCCGAGAAGUAUGGAGACAGAAAAGGCGCCGCCUACGGCAUCGCGGGCAUCAUCAAAGGCUUAGGUAUAUUGUCGCUAAAACAGCUGGACGUCAUGGGAAAGCUGACGGAAGCCAUUCAAGAGAAGAAAAACUACAAAUAUCGCGAAGGGGCGCUGUUUGGUUUCGAGAUGCUGUGCUACAAGCUGGGGCGCCUGUUCGAGCCAUACAUCGUUCACGUGCUGCCUCAUCUGUUGCUCUGCUUCGGAGACAGCUCGCAGUACGUCCGCGCCGCGGCCGACGACACGGCCAAGCUCAUCAUGAGCAAGCUGUCGGCGCACGGCGUCAAGCUGGUGCUGCCCGCGCUGCUGCAGGCUCUGCACGACGACAACUGGAGGACCAAAGCCGGGUCCAUCGAGUUGCUGGGAGCCAUGGCCUACUGUGCUCCGAAGCAGCUGUCGUCGUGUCUGCCGUCCAUUGUGCCGAAGCUGAUCGAGGUGUUGAGCGACUCUCACAUGCGAGUGCAGCAGGCCGCCGCGGAGGCACUGAAGGUCAUCGGCUCCGUUAUUAGGAAUCCUGAGAUUCAAGCAAUUGUGCCCGUACUGCUGCAAGCACUGCAGGAUCCGUCCAACAAGACGUCGGCGUGCCUCCAGACGCUGCUCGACACCAAGUUCGUGCACUUCAUCGACGCGCCCUCGCUAGCCCUCAUCAUGCCCGUGGUGCAGAGGGCUUUCCUGGACCGCAGCACGGAGACGAGGAAGAUGGCCGCUCAGAUCAUAGGAAACAUGUACUCGCUUACCGACCAGAAGGACCUCAUGCCCUACCUGCCCAACAUUAUACCGGGGCUGAAGAGCUCGCUUCUCGAUCCGGUGCCGGAGGUCCGCUCGGUAUCUGCGCGGGCGCUAGGCGCCAUGGUGAAGGGUAUGGGCGAGAGCAGCUUCGAGGAGCUGCUGCCGUGGCUGAUGCUCACGCUGACGUCGGAGUCCAGCAGCGUCGACCGCUCGGGGGCGGCCCAGGGCCUCUCGGAGGUGGUCGCCGGUCUGGGCGUGAACAAGCUGCACAAGAUCAUGCCGGACAUCAUCGCGACGGCCGAGCGCACGGACAUCGCUCCGCACGUGAAGGACGGCUACAUCAUGAUGUUCAUAUACAUGCCGGGCGCCUUCACCGACGAGUUCACGCCCUACAUCGGCCAGAUCAUCAACCCCAUACUGAAGGCUCUCGCCGACGAGAACGAGUACGUGCGCGAGACCGCGCUCAAGGCGGGCCAGAGGAUCGUCAACCUGUACGCGGAGUCCGCCAUCGCGCUGCUGCUGCCCGAGUUGGAGAACGGUCUGUUCGACGACAACUGGAGGAUCCGAUACAGCUCGGUGCAGCUCCUCGGAGACCUGCUGUACCGCAUAUCGGGAGUGUCGGGCAAGAUGAGCACGGAGACGGCCAGCGAGGACGACAACUUCGGCACGGAGCAGUCGCACAAGGCCAUCAUCACGACGCUGGGACCGGAGCGCCGCAACCGCGUCUUAGCCGGCCUCUACAUGGGUCGCAGUGACGUCGCACUCAUGGUGCGCCAGGCGGCGCUGCACGUCUGGAAGGUGGUGGUGACGAACACGCCCAAGACGCUGCGUGAGAUCCUGCCGACGCUUUUCAGCCUACUGCUGGGCUGCCUGGCCUCCACCAGCUACGAUAAAAGGCAGGUCGCCGCCAGGACGCUGGGAGACCUCGUCAGAAAGCUCGGCGAGCGCGUCUUGCCAGAGAUAGUGCCGAUACUGGAGCGCGGCCUGCGCUCAGAGCGUGCGGACCAGCGGCAGGGAGUCUGCAUCGGCCUCGGAGAAAUUCUCGCCUCCACGUCGCGGGAUGCCGUACUCAGCUUCGCCGACGGACUGGUGCCGACAGUGCGCACGGCUUUGUGCGACGAGCUGGGCGAGGUGCGCAUGGCUGCGGCGCGAACCUUCGACGCGCUGCACGCCACCAUCGGCAACAAGGCGCUCGACGAUAUCCUGCCCCCCAUGCUGGACGCGCUGCACCAUCCCGAUCCCGCCGUGGCCGACGCCACGCUCGAUGGCCUGCGCCAGAUAAUGGCGAUCAAAUCGCGCGCCGUACUGCCCUACCUCGUGCCCGUGCUGACGGGCGGCGGCGGCGGUGCGGCCGACACCAGAGCCUUGUCAGCGCUGGCGGCCGCCGCCGGCAACGCGCUGGCUCGCCACCUGCCGCGAAUCCUGCCCGCGCUGCUCGCGUCGCUUCGGGCCGCGAGGGGCACCGCCAACGAGGCCCGCGAGCUUGAUCAGUGUCGCGACGCCCUGCUCCCCGUCACCGACGACGCCGGCGUCAGAUGCAUAAUCGACUCGCUGCUGGAGUGCUCCCGAGCGGAGGAGGAAGAGCGACGUCGCGCGGGCGCGGCGCUGCUGUGCGCCUUCGUCACGCACUCGCGGGCGGAGCUGGCCCCGUACGUGAGCGCACUGCUGCGCGGCCUGCUGCUUCUGUUCGCGGAACGGGACCGCGAGCUGCUCCAGAUGGCCUGGGAGGCGCUGUUCGCUCUGACACGUACGCUGGACUCGGAGCGGCUUCUAGCCCACGUAUCAGACGUGCGACAGGCCGUUCGCUUCGCCGCCGCCGACCUCAAACCGGGAGAGUUGCUGCCGGGUUUCUCCCUGCCCAAGGGUAUCGCUCCAGUCCAGCCUUUGUUCCGUGAGGCUAUUCUGCAUGGCCUUCCCGAGGACAAGGAAAACGCUGCGCUAAUGCUGGGCGAAUUGAUCAAGCUGACGCCGGCGCCUUCUCUGCAAGCCUCCGUGCCCCACAUCACCGGCCCGCUCAUCAGAAUUCUCGGUGACCGCUUCAACGCCAGCGUCAAGGCGGCCGUUCUCGAGACCCUGGCCUUGCUCCUGUCUAAAGUGGGCCUCAUGCUGAAGCAGUUCCUGCCGCAGCUGCAAACGACAUUCCUGAAGUCGCUGAGCGACCCCAAUCGGUCGGUGCGCAUCAAGGCGGGCGCCGCGCUCUCGCAGCUGGUGGUGAUCCACACGCGCGCAGACCCGCUCUUCGUGGAGAUGCACAACGGCGUAAAGAACGCCGACGACCCCGCCGUCCGCGAGACGACGCUACAGGCGCUGCGCGGCAUCAUCACGGCCGGCGGCGACAAGAUGAGCGAGCAGCUGGCGCUCGCCGUGCUGCAGACUCUCACCGGGCCGGCGCUGCUGGCCCACCCCGACGAUCCGCCGCGAGGAGCGGUCGGCGGCUGCCUGGGAGCCCUGCUGCACUGUCUGCCGCCCGCUCACCGCGACGCGGCUCUUCAGCACCACAUUCUGGCCUCCUCAGACGACCGGCUGCUGCAGCACGGCCGCUCGUGCGCGCUCUUCGUGGCGCUCAAGGAGACGCCGCACCACGUGUACCGGGACCAGUUUGAGGAGAAGGUCGAGAAGGCGCUGCUGCAGCAGCUGGCCAGCGACAAGACACCCAUCGCCUGCAACGCCCUGCGCGGCAUCGGCUACCUCGCGAGAUUCCUGCUGGACGGAAACAGACCCGUUCCGCCGACUAUUCUAUCGCAGUUCGUCAGGAGCAUGAACCACGGCAGCAACGACGUGAAGCAACUGAUGGCACGAGCCAGCGCGGUGCUGGGGCGGGGUGGGGUGGCGCCCGAGGGGCCGGGUGCGGAGCUUCUGAGGGCGCUGUUGCCCGCACUGGUCAACGGGACCAAGGAGAAGAACACCUACGUCAGGGCGAACUCGGAGCUCGCGCUCAGGGCGUUACUUCGGCUGUCGCACGACGAGGACCACUACGAGAAAUGCAUGUCGCUCCUGGAGGAAGGCGGUAGAGAGGCUUUGGCAGAUGUCGUGGUACGCGUGCUGCGGCGCGCAGUUACAGAGGGACGAGAGGAAGACCUUGACUGCACACUGAUUACCUGAACACUGUCCUUACGUUAUCUCCAUAUAUGUGUUUAUAUACUC